AUGCCUUCUCGCUACCCACAGCUCGGGGCCGCUGCCGCCACCGUCGCCGCUGCGCUGCCGCUGCCGCUGCCGCCGUCGCCGCGAGCCAUUUCUGAUUCGGGAUGGAAAAAUUCACAGGCCUGUAAUUUACAGGGGUUUUGGCCCAAAUACUGGGCUUCCAAACAGGGCCUUAGGGAAUUCCAUGAAGCUGUUGGAUCCAGAAUUCUUCUUCAAACAAAUCCAGAUUCACAUGAGGUGCAUUGCUCAAGGGAAAGGAGCCGUGCAGCUUGGGAAGCUAUUGAUGAGUAUUUGAUGCCCUUCGUGGAAAAAGAGAAAUAUGAGCUCCCAAGCAAAUGUAGACUUCGUCCUGAUAAUGACAUGUUUCGGGAGCAAGAGCAACAUAAGAUUCAUUUUGAUAUUAAUGAGUGGCAUUGUGGCUUUUGCAAGAAAGCUUUCCGAGCAGAGAAGUUCCUUGAUCAACAUUAUGAAAAUUGGCACAAGAAUCUUGUGGAUAAUAGCGAAGGAAGAUGCAUGGCAGAUCUAUGCGGAGCACUUCACUGCGAUCUGAUGAUGCAGUUCAAGAAACCAAAAAGUAAAUGCAAUGCAGCUGCAGCUACAAGGAAUCGUCAUCUUUGUGAGAGCCUUGCAGACAGUUGCUUUCCUGUUAAUCAAGGUCUUGCUGCCAGCCGUCUUCAUGAAUUCUUCUUGCGCCAAUUUUGUGAUGCUCACACUUGCAAUAAGGGAACUAAACCUUUCCCCAAAGAAACAAACAAACAGGUUUUACUUGGCUCUCUGCAUCUUGACCCUGAUACUUUUGCCCCUGUUCUAUCUCAUUGUGUUCCUGCACCAAAGGGAAAUGAGGAAAGGUACCCAAGAUCUAAAACGGUUUUCAAAAAUUGGGCAGAAGAAAAAGCCAUCCUAGUUGCGGGGAAGAUUUUCCCCUCAUUUCCAGAACGGGAACAAUGUCCUCAGGUUGAGAAAGCCGGCCCUCUUUUCCAGAACGGGAAGCUGAAGCCAUUGGAGAGUUUGGUAAAUCCACUGCUUGAUGUAGGAAUGUCGCUAUGCACCUUCUGCGAGUUUAAUAAUACCAAAAUUGCUGAUGAAGCGACUGCGAAGCUGGAUUUGGAGGCGGCCAAUGGCCACAGAGUCGAUGAGGAGCUUCCGAGAGAGAGCAAGCAAGCAGAGGAAGCGAAGAAGCUCAUGGAGAGCACAGAUGAAACUAAGAAGAGGUUGGCAGCCAAAGAAGUUGAGGUGCAGGAGGCCAAGAGCACCCUCGACGCCAAGGUCACGACGAUUGGCUACAUCAUGCAUGAGUCCGUGACGACGAGCCUAACUGUUAGCGACAUUGUCAACUCCAACCCUGAUUCUCAGUAG